CUUAAACGACUUUACCUUGUUCACAAACCAUAACAACACACUCUCACCAUUCACCUUCUUCAGAUUCAAAAAAAAAAGAUUUCAUAAACACAAUGGAUUGGUUCUCAUGGCUCUCGAGAACAAAUCUCGAAGCUUCUCUUAUCUACGAGUAUGGUCUCUCUUUCUCAAACAACGAGCUCGAGUACGAAGACAUCGCUUACUUCAACCACGAGUUUCUCCAGAGCAUGGGGAUCUCAAUCGCUAAGCACCGGCUCGAGAUCUUGAAGCUAGCUCGCCGUGAUCGUAAACCUUCUCCGCUCACUGCUCGUUCCAUCUUCAGAGUCUUGACUGCGAUCAAGAAGACAGGGAAAUGCUUCUCCCAGUACGUCCGGGCCUGGAUCCGACGAGAGGAGUCGUCUCGGGCACUCGUGGUUGUGCCGAGCAGCAGCGGGAACGGGAGAUACUGGAAAGGAACGUUGCUGAAGAGGAAGAAGAGAUCGGCGGUGAUGUCUAGCAUUAAUGGCGGAAAGGAAGAGAGACUUCUCUUGACGAAUGGGACUCCUCCUCCUCUUCUUCCUUGUAGGCUCCAUAGUUUCUCAAAUCCCAAGGUUUCUGACUUCGACGACGAUGAUACUUAUUGGGGGAAUUACAAAGAUGUUGAAGAUAUUAAAUGGGAUUCUAUGUUUCAGAACCUCAAACCCACUUGAGAUCUCCAAACUACUCCUUUUGUUUUUCAGUUUCUCUAUGAUUAUGAUGAUGGUGAGGAAUGUGUUUUUUUUAUUAGGGUUGUUCUUCCAUCACUGAUCUGAGUUGGAGUGUGUGAUUAUGUUUGUUAGGCUGAUUAGUUUUGUUGAUUGACAAUUAUAUACUUAAAAAUGAUUCUCUUUUUCCCCCUUUAUUUGCCUUUUCAUUUAGUAUUGGCUUUGUUUUUAAAGUCUUGAGAACAAAUUCAUAUGUUGUAACUUGUAAAGAGAUGUGUAAAUUUUUCAUUGCAAUUUAAUAUCUACACACAAGAGGUUGUUUACUUGUGUCUCUUGUUUCCGUUUUUAUCUGUUAAAGUUGGAUCAGUGACUGUCGUAACACAAACAUCAAACAGUAAGUAGUAGACACAAAACAACAUUACAACCACAUCAAGAAGACGAUACAAAUAGGUUCUUCCAACCGGUUUUUGGCCGGUUAUAGAAGAAUAACACAAAUCUUAGAAUACAAAUCCAAACAAAAAA